UCCGUGUCUGCCCUGUUGGCUUUAAAGUCUUGACAUCCCCCCUCUAUCGUUACCACCGGUCUAUCUUUACCACUCUUGAUCACUCCUUUUCUUACAUUCAUAUUGGAAACCACAGAACAAGAAUUGUCUCGUCAAUACAUCACUCUUGCGAGUCGCUAGCCAUGUCGUACAAUCCAUACCCCCCUCCCAACCAGGGCCCAUACCCACCAUACGGUCAUCAACAGGGCUACCAGCCUCCGCACCCAGGUUAUGGGACUCCCCCUCCCCAGAACAACUACGGUCGUCCUCCACCACCGCCUCCACAGGGUGGUUAUGCUCCCCAGGGCUAUCCCCCCAACCCAGGAUAUCCUCCUGCCCACCCGCCACCAUCGCACUCCCCAUAUGGUGCUCCGCCAGUAGGGAACCCCUCGCCGCAACCGCCAUACCCUCCGCAAGGCUACUCUGGAUACCUCCCUGGUCCACCGGGUCCGCCGGGUCCAGGAGGCUAUGGUGGUCCGCCUCCCCCUGGACCGGGCUAUCCGCCGCAACCGCCCGCCUUCCAGGCGCCUCCGUCGUUCCCUUCCCCCGGUUACGUACCUGGUCAAAUGGCUCCCGGUGAUUGGCGUCCGCAGGCGGACCAGCUGCGCAAAGCGAUGAAAGGAUUCGGCACCGACGAAGCAGCCCUCAUCAGGGUGCUCCAGAACCUCGACCCGCUCCAGAUGGCUGCCGUCCGCAGCACCUAUGCAAGCCACCUUAGACGGGAUCUGUACAGGGACGUCAAGUCCGAGACGGGUGGCUACCUCCGGCAAGGCCUGCUCGCGGUGCUCGACGGCCCGCUCAACUACGACGCGCAGUGCGUCCACGAAGCCAUCGACGGCCUAGGCACCAAGGAAUGGCUACUCGACGACGUCCUUCUUGGCCGAUCCAACGCCGACAUCACCGCCAUCAGGAACGCAUACCAGCAGAUAUACCGCCGCUCGAUAGAGAAGGACGUCGAAGGUGACCUGUCCUUCAAGACGUCGACCCUGUUCGUGGACGUGCUGCGCGCCACCCGCCACGAGGAGGGAGCCCACAUCGACCCCCACACCAUCGAAUCCGAGGUCAAGACGCUUCACGACGCCAUGAACGGCCGCAUGAUCAACAACAUCCAGGAGGUCUGUGGCAUCCUGGCCCGAUCCUCGGACAACGAGAUCCGCGCCAUCAACCAGGCCUACACCGCGCGGUACAACACCCCGCUGGAGAAGGCCCUCACCAAGGAGUUCUCGGGCCACAUGAAGGACGCCCUGCUGCAGAUGCUCCGGACCGCCAUCGACCCCGCCAUGCGCGAUGCCGAGCUCCUCGAGGACUGCAUGAAGGGCAUGGGCACCAAGGACGAGAAGCUGGUGACCCGAGUCGUGCGUGUGCACUGGAACCACCACCAUCUGGACCAGGUGAAGCGCGCUUACCAGCACAAGUACAACAAGAGUUUGCUCGAUAGGGUCCGCGGCGAAACGAGUGGAGAUUACCAGAAGUUAAUGCUUGCUCUGUUGGAGUAAUUCGCUUCCCUUCUCCCUUUCACUUUGUGCUUUUCUAAUUGUUGGCUUUCUCUUCGCUUCUUGUGGAUAUUCUUUACUUUUAAUCGUUUUGGCUGCCCCUUCCCUCUCCCUCAUACAUUCUGAGUACCUCCCUUCGUGAUAUGGCUCCCUCGAUACCCCUCAGACUGGCAUUCACGUUGGGACGGCCUGUUUUAAUCCCUUCAUAUUCCCCUUUAUUCUUCCCUUCCCUCCAUCUCUGUUAUGUCAUGUUACGGUUACCGAAGAAGCGUGUACGAAUAUCGAUAUGCAGAUGCAGUGUUCCAGUAUGAUAAUAUUAAGUUGAUUUCCAA